AUGCUAGAAGGUUACAAAGCAAAGAAACAAAGAGACUAAAAUAUGAAACAAUUUCAAGAUGCAAAAAAGUAAGAUUAUAUAUUUGAUUUUAGAAUUCUAUAAAAAUAUAAUAUCUAAUUUAAUUUCAAUGAGGAUUAACAAAUGGAUACUUAUUAUAAUGAAAUUGCUAAUUUAAAGAAUGUAGUCAUAGAACAUGAACAAAGAAUAUUUCUAUUACAAUCUAGUAAUGAUUAAUUGAUAAAAGUAUUUUAGUAUGAUACAUAACUUAGUACAGGAAGCACGCAGAGAUCAAAAAUUAUUGAGAUAAAAGCAACAUGAAUUAAUGAGAUUAGAAAAAAAAAAAUAAGAUGUAGAUUAAAUAGAUGACGAUUUUGAGUUAGAUGACUCUGAAAUAAUACAGAAGGACCUUCAAAUUGAAGAAUAGGAGUAUCAGCUUCAAGAAUUGGAUAAAAUAAAGAUAGAGACAAUUUAAUUGUUAUCAGAUGAUAAGCAAAACUAUUUAAAAUAAAUAUCUAUUUUAGAAGAAGAGAAGGCUAAACUAUAAAAAUAACUCAAUACUAAAUAGGAUUCUGCUUAAAUGAAUUAACUUAAAUUGAAAAUAUCAGAAUACGAAACUAAAAUAUUGGAUAUGAGAUAAAAAGAAUUGACCUCAAAAUAAUUGUAAAAGAAAUUGGAUGAUUAGGAAACUUAAGUGAAAGAACUUAGAACUAAUAUUGAACAAAUGAAAAAAUAGAAAGUUGAUUUGAUUAAGAAAAUGAAAUAAGAAAAUGAGAAAUACAUAAAAGACAAGGAGUAAAAACAUAAAGAGUUAAUAUAUGCAAAAAAAUUAAAAAUAUAAUAAGAUACUUUGGUAAGUAAAUUGAAAAAUGAUAAUACUAAAAAAGAUGUUUUAUUAAAACGAAAGGAGGAUGAAUUAUAAAAACAAAAAAAUGAAAAAUUAAUUAUCAAAUAACACAAUCGAUAUAAUCCAAAUAAAUCAUUAUAAUAUGACACUUUUGAAAAGUAAAUAGAUGACUUGUUUUCAGAAUUAAUACUUGGUGAAUAGGCUGAAGAAUAAAUAACUAAGGAAUACUCUAAGUUAGAAGAAAUCUAAGAAGAAUUAAGACAAAUUGAGGCAAAGAUUUGUUCAUUACAAAUUAAAAUUGAUUAACUUCAAUUUGACAUGACAUAAAGCAAUGCAGCUUGUAGCAUUGAGAGUGUACAAUAAUAUGAGUUAGAAUUAAAUGAUUUUUAGUAAAAAAGAGAAAAUAUCUCAGAAACAAUAGAAUUCUAGCUCUAAAAAAUUGAUGAUUAUAGAGUGAUAUCAUCUAAAGCAAAUGAUUACUAUACUAUAGUAUUAACUAAUCAGUACUUCAAAGAUUUACAUAAUUGGUGUACCAGAUCAUUCAGAUAUGUUAUUGAUAAUUGGGUCAAAGAUCAUUAUUAAAUGACUUUAUACGCUCAAUAAAUAGAGGAGUUAAAUUAAACAAAUCAAGAACUUCUUCAUGCAAAACCUAGUCCCAUAAAAAAAUCUAUUAGAUAAAAUACACCUAUAGAUGAUUUGAAAAGGUAGAUAAAUGAAUAUAAAAGAAAAUUGUAGGCAUUGUAAAAUUAAUAUAGAACAAUAAGCAUAGAAUUGGAUUACUACAAGAAUUUUUAUAGUGAAUAAAUCAAUAAAUAGCAAAAAGAUAAGUCAAUUGGAUUAGGAUAAUAAUUAUAGCAUUCAUAAUCAUAUCAUACAUUUAGAAAUUCAAUUAGCAAAGAAUUAAAAUCAGAAUAACAACUACCUUUAGCCUUGAGUCAUGUAAAAUCGUUUGGGUAAUUAGGAUCAAGUAUGAGAGUUAGAAGUUCGGUUUCUUAAUAUUGGAUAGCUGAGUAGUUAAAUUCAUCAUAAGAAAUCAUUAAUUAUGAGUAAAUAUUAAUAUCGAUUUUAGUAUUGUGAAAACUCUUUAAGGUCAUGAUUAACCCAUCCUAUCAUUAUAUACAAAAGACAACAUAUUGUGCUCUGGAUAAUACAAAUAAUUUAAAGUGUGGGAUGUAGAAUCUCAAUAACUUAUCAGUACAAUAGAUCAAAGUAAUCACUGUAGAUCCAUAUAUUAUUGGGCAAAUCGAGAUGCCUUUGCUGUUUCACAUGGAUCUCAAAUAUCUUUAUAUGAUCCAUUAACACUAAUGUGCAAAGGAUUACUUAAAUCUUCAAUAGAAGAAAUCAAAUGUAUUACUAGUAUCAAUGGAUUAUUGGUUGCAGCAGGUAAGUCUAUUAAUUCUAAUGCUUUGAAUAUUUGGGAUUCCAGAUAAAAUAAGUAUAUAAUAACAUUAUUUAAGUAUUUUGUAUGAAUUUGAAAAGGGUUCAGAUAUCUUAAGCAUUUAUGGUUCUGAUGAGAAUUCUGAGUUGAUUUAUGGGACAUUAAAGCAUUAUACUAAAAGAAUACCCUUUAAUAAAAAUAAAUAUAAUCAAAUUUAAUAGUUAUAGCCACCUUAAUUGGAUAAGGUAACAGGAGUUGCCUCUUUUGGGGACUAUAUAGUGAGUUGGUAUAAAUAUAUGAAGAUUAAAUAGUUCUUUGAGCAAAAGAAUGUUACUUUGGAAACAGCAAACAGGUUUAGAAUCUACUACAAAUGAUAGCAUACAUAAAGAUCUGAUAACUGCUUUAGCAAGUACAUUUUAAGGCUAUGUUUAGUUGAUAAAAGUUUGAAAUUGAUUUACACAUCUUGUAAGGAUGGUAAUGUCAGGGCCAUCAAAGUUAAUGAGGAAAGGAAAUUCCAAUUACUUCAUGAAAUUACUGCUUCAAAUGUAUUAUUUAUUAGAAUUCUAGCAAUAAAUUAAUGCAUUGCACGUUAUCCAAGACAACCAUUUAGUGAUAAGUGGAGGAUAAGAUAAACUGAUUAAAAUUUGGAGACCGUCGAAAAAUUUAUUAUAAAUGUAAAAUGCUAUUGGUGAAUUUAUUGUUGAUGAUUAAAAUUGA